ACUGUCAAGUCAAAUUCCAAUUUAGGUUAUUGCACGGUUAUUGUUUUUUACCUCUAAGAUUAAUUUCAGGACUUAUCUCAUAUUUUUCUAUCAAACACAAGUCAUAAUUCGCAAUGGCUGCAAAAAAUACAUCUGCUAUAGAUGCUCGUCAAGAAUUAGGAGAAUUAGUGAAAAGGAAGGCUGAAAUUGCUGAUACAUUGGCUAAUUUAGAAAGGCAGAUAUAUGCGUUUGAAGGAUCUUACUUGGAAGAUACACAAUUAUAUGGCAAUAUAAUUAGAGGAUGGGAUAGAUAUCUUUCUAGUAAUAAGACUACCAAUUCCAAAGCUGACAAAAGAAAUAGAAAAUUUAAAGAGGCAGAGAGACUUUUCUCCAAAUCAUCAAUUACAUCCAUGGCUGCUGUUAGUGGCAUUGUUGACCCUAAUUCAGAAAAAACCGACCAACAAAGUGAAUCAGAAUCUCAGACUAAUGAUGAUUCAAGUGAUAAUAACAUUGCACCUACAGCAAAUUUAGAAACCUCUUUGAAACCAGCGGGAAAAUUGACAACAAAUAACAGUUCCAUUUUAUCCAAUGGCACCCAAAAUGGAAUAGAUCGAGGAAGUCCCAUGAGAGAUACUUCUGCCAAGCAACGAAGUUUCAAUGCAAGUCCCAAGAAAAAUAACCCAAAAAAAGCAAGGCAACGUUGAGGUUUUUGAAAGAAAAGCGUGAAAAUUGUAUCAAUGAAAAGAUGUAUUCAGAUUAAAAAACUGGUUAUGAUUUUAAUUUGGAUGUGCAGAAAAUUUAAUUUCACUCCAUUCAGAAGUGAAAUGAUCACAGUAGUAAAAAAAUUAUUUUAAAAGAUUUUCCUCUCAUCUGAAAAUGUUGAACUCAAAUGAAGGACAAGUUUCAA